UGUCACGAUCGGGGCUAUCUGGUGACCCAGGAUGAGUUGGAUCAGACCUUGGAAGAGUUUAAAGCCCAAUUUGGUGACAAGCCCAGUGAAGGGAGACCACGGCGGACUGACCUGACGGUGCUGGUGGCCCAUAAUGAUGAUCCUACAGAUCAGAUGUUUGUCUUCUUUCCUGAGGAGCCCAAGGUCGGGAUAAAGACCAUCAAGAUGUACUGCCAGAGGAUGCAGGAGGAGAACAUCACCAGGGCUCUGAUUGUGGUACAGCAGGGCAUGACCCCCUCAGCAAAGCAGUCAUUGGUAGACAUGGCUCCCAAAUACAUCCUGGAACAAUUCCUGCAGCAGGAGCUACUGAUCAACAUCACAGAACACGAGCUGGUUCCAGAGCACGUGGUCAUGACAAAGGAAGAAGUUACUGAAUUACUCGCCAGAUAUAAGCUGAGAGAGAACCAACUCCCCAGGAUACAGGCUGGAGAUCCUGUGGCCAGAUACUUUGGAAUAAAGCGAGGGCAGGUGGUCAAGAUCAUAAGACCCAGUGAGACUGCAGGGCGAUACAUCACCUACCGCCUGGUUCAAUAGCCUAUGCUGUGCAGCAGGAGGCGGAAUCCUGUGCUGUCUGAGCCGUGCCCUGUCCAGCUCCGCUUGACAGGCUCUCUGGAUUGCCCUGACCCUGGUGUGCUUUCACCCAGAGCAGUGGUGCCGGGGAUUAGCUCUUCCCUCUGUCUCUUUCCCCACAAGCCUGCUGACUGGACUUACGCUCAGUGUCACGAGCUGCUGAAUUUUGAGUGGAAUUGUGUUUUAAUAAAGGCUUGUGCUGCAA